AACAUGGGAGCCAGAAACCAGACGGCUAUUUCCAAGUUCCUUCUCCUGGGGCUCACAGAUGACCCAGCCCUACAGCCUCUCCUCUUCUGCCUGUUCCUGUCCAUCUACCUGGUCACCGUCCUGGGAAACCUGGUCAUCAUGCUGGCCGUCAGCUCCGACGCCCGCCUCCACACGCCCAUGUACUUCUUCCUCUGCAGCCUCUCUUUCACUGAUAUCUGGACAAGCACCACCACCAUCCCCAAGAUGCUGGUGAACCUGCAGACACGGGACCGCAGCAUCACGUACACGGGCUGCCUCACCCAGAUCUGCUUUAUCUUGAUCCUGGGUGGCUCGGAAAACUGUCUCCUCGCAGUGAUGGCCUAUGACCGAUACAUGGCCAUCUGCCACCCGCUGCGGUACAUGGCGGUGGUGAGUCCCCGCCUGUGUGCCCUACUGGUUCUGCUCUCUCUGCUCAUUAGCAUUGCAAAUGCCCUCCUGCACAGCCUGAUGCUGCUACGGCUCUCCUUCUGCUCACACCUGGAGAUCCCUCACUUCUUCUGCGAGCUUGUUCCCGUCAUCAGGCUCGCCUGCUCCGACCCCCUCGUCAACAACCUCCUGAUCUAUUUUGUGGCUAGCCUAUUUGCUGGCAUUCCUCUUUCUGGGAUUGUCUUCUCCUACAGUCAGAUUGUCUCCUCUGUUCUGAGGAUGCCACCAACAAGAGGGAGGUAUAAAGCUUUUUCCACCUGUGGGUCUCACCUAUCAGUGGUUUUCUUGUUCUAUGGGACGGCUUUUGGGGUGUACAUGAGUUCUGCCGUGAGUGGCUCUUCCAUGAAGAGUGUCGUGGCCUCGAUGAUGUACAUUGUGGUCCCUCAGAUGAUGAACCCCUUCAUCUACAGUUUGAGGAACAGGGAAAUGCACGGGGCCCUGAGGAAUCUCGUGAGUAGGAUAUCUUCUCUGGGACUGUGUCACCUGCCCUGA